GUCACCUGAUUAUCCGAGUCCACCCUGUGUUGUGCAGUCGGAAGUUAAGCUAGCUGUUAUGAUAUGAAUGGGAAGGCAUUGAAGUAAGGAGAAAUAAGGUACGUUCAACUAUGGCUUCAAUUCUUGACGAGUACGAGGACUCGCAAAACACGAGGCAAAGCUCGCAGCAGCACAGCCGCUUGUCAAGCACCAACAUCGGGUUAGCACAUUCAGGCUUUGUGAAUGUGAGACUUGAGGAAGAGAAGCCGAUAUUCAACAAGCAGAGGAUCGAUUUUACCCCGCCGGAGAGGAUAAACCAUCUUGCAGUCUGCAACAAUCAGCUCUGCAUGAGUCUGGGGAAGGACACCCUGCUGAGGAUUGACUUGGCCAAGCCAGAUCAGCCUAACCAAAUUGAAUUAGGAAGAAAAGAUGACAGUAAAGUGCACAGACUGUUCCUAGACCCCACAGGCUCUCAUGUGCUGAUCAGCCUGAGCACCAGUGAGUGUCUGUACCUCAACAGGAACACCCAGAAGGUACGCAGUCUGUCCCGCUGGAGAGGCCACCUCAUUGAGAGCGUGGGCUGGAACAAGCUGCUGGGCAACGAGACCAGCACAGGACCCAUCCUGGUUGGCACCAGUCAAGGCAUCAUCUUUGAGGCUGAGAUCUCUGCAAAUGAGGGCAGCCUGUUCAACACCAAUCCAGACCAAUACUUCAGGCAGGUCCACUCCCUGGAGGAGGAUGGGAAGCCAGUACCGGUCUGCUGCAUGGAGGUGGAGCGUGGCCUGGAGAACAAGUACUUUAUCAUCUCCACCACGCGUAAACGCCUGUUCCAGUUUGUGGGUAAAGUGGCCGAGGGGUCAGAGCAGCAAGGCUUCAGCUCCAUCUUCAACCAGAACCAGGACCUGCUGCCCAGUUUCCAGGAGUUCCCAGCUAACAUGGGCUACAGCGAGAUCACCUUCUACACCUCAAAGCUGCGGACCUCCCCUAAGGCAUUUGCCUGGAUGAUGGGUAAUGGAGUUCUUUAUGGUCAGCUGGACUAUGUCAGGCCUGAUUCUCUGCUGAGUGAUGUGCAGGUAUGGGAGUACACCCCGGACAUCGACCUCAAUCUCAAUAAGCCCAUCUCCAUUGUGCUGACACAGUUCCACUUCCUUUUGUUGCUCCAUGACAGAGUGAAGGCCAUCUGCACUCUGAAUGGACAGGUGGUAUUUGAGGAUGUGUUCCCUGAUAAAUUCGGCCCUCUCAAGAAGAUGAUCAAGGACCCAGUUGGUGGUUUGGUGUGGAUCUACACCGAGCGGGCAGUGUUCCGGUAUCACAUCCAGCGUGAGGCCAGGGACGUCUGGCAGAUGUACAUGAGUAUGAAUAAAUUUGAUCUGGCUAAGGAGUACUGCCGUGACCGGCCUGAGUGCAUGGACAUGGUGCUGGCCAAGGAGGCUGAACACUGCUUCCAGAAUAAGCGAUACCUGGAGAGUGCCAAGUGCUAUGCGCUGACACAGAACUACUUUGAGGAGAUAGCACUCAAGUUCAUCGAAGCCAAACAAGAGGAAGCCCUGAAGGAGUUCUUACUGAAGAAACUAAAUAAUUUGAAACAGAGUGAGAGAACGCAGAUCACCUUGCUGGUCACAUGGCUAGCAGAGCUCUACCUGAACAGCCUUGGCCAGCUGGAGAGUGAUGGUAACAACAUCAUCUUCCAGGAGACCCGUAAUGAGUUCCGCCACUUCCUCAGCAGCCCUAAACACAAGGAGUGCCUGUUCAACAACCGCAGCACUAUCUACGACCUGCUGGCCAGCCACGGAAAUGUGGACGACAUGGUUUACUUCUCAGUUGUCAUGCAGGACUAUGAGAGAGUGAUAUCCCACUACUGUCAACAUGAUAACUACUGCGAUGCUCUGGAGGUGCUCUCCAAGCACUGUGAUGAAAAGCUUUUUUACAAGUUCUCCCCCGUCCUCAUGCAGCAUAUUCCCAGAAAAGUGGUAGAUGCGUGGAUUCAGAUGGGCAAGAAGCUGGACCCAAAGAAGCUCAUCCCAGCUCUGAUGAACUACAGCCAGAUGGGCAGUACUCAGCAGAUCAGUGAAACCAUCCGCUACAUGGAGUUCUGUGUGUACGAGCUCAAUGUGACAGAGGAGGCAAUCCAUAACUACCUGCUGUCACUCUAUGCUAAGUAUAAGCCGGACUCUCUGCUGUUGUAUCUGGAGCAGGCAGGUACACACGCCUCAGAGAUACACUAUGACUUGAAGUAUGCUCUCAGGUUGUGUGCUGAACAUGGCUACCUCCGGGCCUGUGUCCUGGUUUAUAGGAUCAUGGAACUUUAUGAGGAGGCAGUGGAUCUUGCAUUACAAGUAGAUGUAGACUUGGCUAAGUCAUGCGCUGACCUACCAGAGGAUGAUGAGGAACUGAGGAAAAAGCUUUGGUUGAAGAUUGCCCGGCAUGUGGUUCAAGAGGAGAAAGAUGUGAAGAAAGCCAUGAACUGUCUGUCCAGCUGCAACCUGCUCAAGAUUGAAGAUAUCCUGCCCUUCUUCCCAGACUUUGUCACCAUUGACCACUUUAAGGAGGCCAUCUGCAGCUCCCUGGAGGAGUACAACCAGCACAUUGAGGAGCUGAAGCAGGAAAUGGAGGAGGCUACAGAAAGCGCUAAACGCAUCAGAGAAGACAUUCAAGAAAUGAGGAACAAAUAUGGUGUAGUGGAUUCCCAAGAAAAGUGUGCUGCUUGCGACUUUCCAUUGCUCAACAGGCCCUUCUACCUAUUCCUGUGUGGACACAUGUUCCACUAUGACUGCCUGUUCCAGGAGGUGACCCCUCACCUGUCGGCCUACAAGCAGAGUCGCCUGGAGGAGCUGCAGAAAAAGCUGGCUGCAACCACGCAAUCCUCCAAGUCACGCCACCGCCCAGUGCCCAAGGAUGAUGGAGAUACUUCCAGCCUGGGAAAGGGCAAUGCAGGCACAAGCCGGGAGCAGAUGAAAUCAGACAUUGAUGACAUCAUUGCAUCUGAGUGCGUGUACUGCGGCGAACUGAUGAUCAAAUCCAUCGACAAGCCUUUCAUUGAUCCACUGAAAUUUGAGGAGGAGAAAUCCAGCUGGCUAUGAACGAAGCCGCCUCUUCUCCAAUUGUGAAAAAGAGACAUAUGACAGCCCACUAUCUGUAUGUUAGUGAAACUAUAUCAUCCACAGGACAGUCAGUCAGUGAUACUGAUUUCCUGUUGGGAGUGCCUACUGUUGAAAACUGUGUCAGCUUCAGUUGCUAUCUACAGAAUACACUUCUUUUGUAGGCAGUAUUUGAAGCUGAUGUAAAGACCUUUGCACUUUGUACGGGAGCAUUUUGUGAAAGGUGGACAUUAAAUGACAUGUAAAAUAACGCCAGGGCUGUACAGUACAUACAUGUGCCUGAACCUCUGAUUACAAUGGUAGAAAGGGAUUCAGAUAUAACUGCACUAUAUAUCUGUUAACUGCAUUAGCUUAUGCACUUGUUUGGGCCAAUAAACAUAACAUGCACUUAGACAAUAAUAUAAAUGUCUCUUAAGCUGAUUUCAGCCAUGCCAAUCUACAGCCCUGUGUUACUGUGAGACAGAUUAACAAACUGUUAUUUCAUAUGUUUGCUGUUUUGCAGUUAAGUUGUGGCACAUUAAAGCUUGUCAGUACUGAUGGA